UAACUUCGCUCCGGAGGGUGCCGCAGCUGAAGCUCUCUGCUCCCCGACCCUUGUUCGGUGUGUGAGUGUGUGAGGAGGAUCUCAGCCGGUCGCCGGACGGAGAUCUGGCAACAAAGGACUUCAUCUUUUCCCGCGACUGGUGAAUGUGACAUCGCUCGGAUAAGGAAGGCGGGGAAUUAAAAGCCAUCACCAUGAAUUUCGUUAUGAAACAAGCGCUGGGAGGGGCCACCAAAGACAUGGGCAAGAUGCUUGGUGGGGAGGAGGAGAAGGAUCCUGAUGCUCAGAAAAAAGAGGAGGAAAGGCAAGAGGCGCUGAGGCAACAGGAGGAGGAGAGGAAGGCCAAAUAUGCAAGAAUGGAGGCGGAGAGGGAAAACAUCCGACAGGGCAUCAGGGAUAAGUAUGGCAUCAAGAAGAAGGAGGAGAAGGAAGCCGAGGCAGCUGCUGCUAUGGAGCAGGCCUCCGAGGGCAGCCUCACCCGUCCGAAGAAGGCGGUUCCCACCGGCUGCGGCGACGAGGAGGAGGAGGAGAGCAUCGUGGAUACGGUCAUGAAAUUCAUCCCGGCGCCGCUCAUGGAUAUGUUCAAUAAAAAGUAA